UUAAAUGCGCAACAAAUCAGUGUAACCGUUCAAGAAAAGCGACGUUGCUUUGAGCGCCACUGUGCACAUGGGCCACGGGUGUUGAAAAGGCUACCUCCUUUCCAAAGGAAAGAGAAGAAAAACCAGUUUCGGAUCUUCAUCUCCCUUCUUGCCGUUCUUUUGCUUUUGGGUGGUUUUCUCUCGGACUCAGUUCAUUCACAAAGAAGAAGAAGAAGAAGAAGAAGAAGAAGAAGAAGAAGGCACCGUGAGACUGAGUUUGGUUGUGGAAGAAGAGGGAAGAGAGAAGGAGAAUAAAGGGUAAGGAAAGAAUGUCGACUUUGACCGUCCCUCCGGUUCUCACCUCCCCAAGAGACGACGCGAUGCAAAUUUACCGUGCUUUCAAGGGUUUGGGAUGUGAUACUGCAGCGGUUGUCAAUAUUCUUGCCCAUCGGGAUGUCACACAACGCGCUCUUAUUCAGCAGGAAUAUCGCACCAUGUAUUCUGAAGAUAUUUUCAAGCGCUUAGAAUCGGAACUAACUGGCAAAUUAGAGACGGCUGUUUUGCUAUGGAUGCAUGACCCAGCUGGACGAGAUGCAAUAGUUGUAAGGCAGGCCUUUAUGGCGUCAUCAACAAAUGUUCAAGCUGCUACUGAAGUAAUAUGUUCUCGCACUCCAACUCAGAUACAGAUGUUUAAGCAACACUACUAUUCCAAGUUCGGCGUUCAUCUCGAGCAUGAAAUUGAGAAAUAUACCUCUGGGGACCAUAAGCAGCUUCUGCUUAAAUAUGUCGGUACGCCGCGAUAUGAAGGCUUGGAAGUCGAUAGGAUGGCUGUAGAACAGGAUGCAAAGGCUCUUUUCAAAGCUGGGGAGAAGCGGCUGGGGACCGAUGAGAAGACUUUUAUCAAGAUCUUUAGCGAAAGAAGCAGGGCACAUUUGGCUGCUAUUGAUUCUGCUUAUCAUAACAUGUACGGCAAUUCCUUAAAGAAGGCUGUGAAGAGCGAAACGUCAGGAUAUUUUGAGCGCGGUCUCUUGACAAUCUUACAGUGUUCUCAGAACCCAGCCCAGUAUUUUGCAAAGGUAUUACACAAGGCGAUGAAAGGUCUGGGGACCAACGACACAACACUGAUAAGGGUGAUCGUGACAAGGACCGAAAUCGACAUGCAGUAUAUAAAAGCAGAAUACCAUAAGAAGUACAAGAAGACUCUAAACGACGCAGUUCACUCUGAAACAUCAGGCCACUAUAGGACUUUCCUGCUUUCGCUUCUUGGCCCCAAACAUUAGGACUGUAGAUCCAUAAAUAGUUAGUCCGGUCAGAACCGUGUGCUCAUUUUCUUUCAGCUGGAUGAACUUGUACUUGGGGGAAUGGGUUGGUCAAUAGCACUUGGUGGGAGUGAAAAGUGAAAUUGCUUCUGUUGUAAAUUUCUCUCUGAUAAUUGUACCGGUGCCACUGUGUGUUUAGUGUACCCUUUAUAAGGAUAAUGCUAGUUUGGUUUUCAAGAUAUAACACCAGAGCAAUCAAUUUUCAAAA